GAAAGACUUCCCAUUCUGGUACGGCAGCCAGCUGGAAUUCAACUGACAUGCUAUGAGCCAUGCUCUCAGAUUUAAAGGUAUUCUGUGGAGAUGUAGCUGAGAACUACAGAACAUGCUGUGUUUCAGCAUGAUGUUUUUUUCAAGAACCAAGUCUAUCUUAAGGCUUGCUGGUGUCCUGAAAGCAUAAGUGAAUCAUAAAGAGGCUUUUGUAUUUGCACAAGACCACAAAUAGCCCAAACUAAGGUGACUUGGAGCCUCAGGGUUCUCUGCUGCAUCACCUGCUGCUUAGCUAGCCUGUUGUUCAGGUUUGAAAAAUCUUUAAGUUGGAUACCAGCUAGUUCAUUGUUCAAGAUGCCUCUCUUGGAAAGCACAGUCAUUGCAGUUUACUCCUUCUGUUGUGCUUUUGAUACCAUGAGCCUCCAUACUGAUAAAUAGUAGGGGGAGGCUGGUUCAGUUUCGUAAUUACUGACCCUAAUGGCACAUUGCCCUAAAAAUGAAUACUAUGAUAAUUUGCUGCUCUCUUGUAAGCCUUGUCAUCUUCGAUGUUCUAGUACACCACCACCUUCAUGUGAAAACUACUGUGAUAAGAGUAUUGAUUCAAGUGGAGUCCUUUGGAUUUGUCUGGGCUCAGGAGUAAUUUUAAUGUUCACUCUGUUCACCUUAAUGGUCUUGUUUAAAUGGAAGCACCUCAAUCAACUAAAAGAAAAACUGAAAAGCACAGACUCUUCUGUUGAGCUGAAUAAUAUUCUCAAGGCUAAUACUGAAAGUGAUGUGACUAUAGAAGGAAUUAGAGACUUGCUUCAAAGUGAAACAUUAAUGUAUUCAGUGGAAGAAUGCACUUGCUGUGACUGUGGCUUGGUAAAACCUCAGAACGGCUGUGAAACUUCAUUUCCAUUACCAGCUACAGAAGAAGGAGCUACUGUUCUAGUUACCACAAAGUCUUUUGAUUAUUGCAACUAUAUUCUGGGUGACUAUGAGUGAAAUGUAUUUUUACUGCAUAAUAAUAAAUGAAUUAUUCCAAUAUAGAUAUUAAUUUUAGUAGUUUCUGUUAGUGGAUAAGCUCAGUACAUUAUCCUAGAUCUUCCAUUGAGAAUUCAUUAAUAUUAUAAUAUUAUUUCUAAUCCUAGUAUCUCUUUCAUCAGGUAUUUCCACAUUAUUCUCAGAUACUAAACUAGUUAUGGGAAUUUUUAAUUUCUGAGGAUGGCAUUUUCUGCCCUUAGAGACUGUUUCUACUUAUGCUGGAAA